AUGUUUCCCACCGCGCCCACAAACAGAGGCCUGUCUGCGAAGAAACCGCCAGACGAGACAGAGACGACGACGACGGGAAAGGAGAUUGUCAACACUUGGUUUAAAGGAUUAAUGGCGAUACGAAGUGUGGGCAGCGGCGUUUUCAGACGUGGUUUGUUUGCCGUAGGUUCCAUCUGCAAGGGAGACUUUGUGGUUGAAUACAGGGGUGAUUUGAUAGAUGAUGCUGAAGCCGAGAGGAGGAGAAAAGUUUAUCACCCGUCAUGUGCUGCAUUUUUCUUUCUCUUCAAGUGGAUUGGGAAAACAUGGUGUAUUGAUGCAUCCAGAGAAGAUGGUUCAUUUGGCCGCCUAGUGAAUGAUGAACACAGACAUCCAAAUUGUCGUAUGAAAAAAGUUGAGGUGGAGGGAAGCCCACACCUAUGUCUUUUUGCUCUAAAAGACAUAAAGGACGGUGAAGAAAUUACGUAUGACUACGGAGGCAAUGACUGCCCAUGGCGAAUAAAAAAUAUUACUCAUCCUGCAAAGAGCUCCCAUCCUGCUGUCAUGUCUGAGAAACGGAUGGAAGAAGCUCCUUCUCCACAGGACACUCCUCAACAGAUGACAUUGUGUGCCAUUGAUACUCAUCCUGCAAAGAGCUCCCAUCCUGCUGUCAUGUCUGAGAAACGGAUGGAAGAAGCUCCUUCUCCACAGGACACUCCUCAACAGAUGACAUUGUGUGCCAUUGAUACUCAUCCUGCAAAGAGCUCCCAUCCUGCUGUCAUGUCUGAGAAACGGAUGGAAGAAGCUCCUUCUCCACAGGACACUCCUCAACAGAUGACAUUGUGUGCCAUUGAUACUCAUCCUGCAAAGAGCUCCCAUCCUGCUGUCAUGUCUGAGAAACGGAUGGAAGAAGCUCCUUCUCCACAGGACACUCCUCAACAGAUGACAUUGUGUGCCAUUGAUACUCAUCCUGCAAAGAGCUCCCAUCCUGCUGUCAUGUCUGAGAAACGGAUGGAAGAAGCUCCUUCUCCACAGGACACUCCUCAACAGAUGACAUUGUGUGCCAUUGAUACUCAUCCUGCAAAGAGCUCCCAUCCUGCUGUCAUGUCUGAGAAACGGAUGGAAGAAGCUCCUUCUCCACAGGACACUCCUCAACAGAACCAUCAGAUGAGGAAACUGUUGCAGGUGCUGUGGGGAAUGAAAACUCAACAGGCAAGCAACACAGACGCCCAACAGCAAAGCAUGGCGCAUCUUCUGGAGUCAAUCCUGUGGCACAUUCCUCUAAAGAACCAUCAGCAGAGGAAACUGUUGCAGGUGCUGUGGGGAAUGAAAACUCAACAGGCAAGCAACACAGACGCCCAACAGCAAAGCAUGGAGCAUCUUCUGGAGUCAGUCCUGUGGCACAUUCCUCCAAAGGUAAAGCUCCACAGAAAAAAACACCCUGGCAGGCAGCAGAGGUUAGGGCGGUAG